GAAGGAGGAAAACAGUGAUGGCCGCGUGCCUGUACAUGUGAGGCGGCGAGACAACCCUGCACCGCUGCCUCGACCCUCCACGCGGCGCCCACACGACCACCAGCCAGGGCUUACAAGUUUACAGGUUCACAAGUGCAGAGUCCUGAAGGUUUUUAAGAGAAAUACAGCAAAACGGCAACAGAUAACCGGAAUUGAAGGAAACGCGCAAACAAACAAACCAAGAAAUCUAUCUGAAAAAACUUACAACAGGAUAAAAAAAUAACCUCCAGGAUGCCGAGCUGCAACCGCGAUGUCCUGCAGGAGUUACAGGAGAUCCUACGGCAGUGGGAGGAGGACUCAGCCGUUGCCUCCAAGGACCCCACGCCUCAUCUCCUUAAACUGUGCGAGCUCUUUGAACGAGAGACCAUCAACUUCCUGAAAAAGGAUCCAGACCCAUUUGACGACCGCCACCCCAUGACCCUGGAGCCGGAGUGUGCGUUGGGGAUGAUACUACGAGCACUCUUCCGCAAAGACAACUUCGUCACCAAGCUGGUCAACCACUACCUCCGGGAAAACUACUUCACGAGCCAGGGACUGAUGCAGGACUCCACCGAGCUCAACAUCGCCGCCUGCCGCCUCCUUCUCGACAUCCUCUACGGCCUGGAUAUCCCGCAGGUCUUCGAGGGAUCCGAGACCACCGUCAUGCGCCUCUUCUCCUGGGCCGAGAGCGGACCCGAACCCCUGAGGACGUACGCGACGGGGCUUCUGGCGGCGGCGAUGGACGUCCCCGAGAUCGCCGCCUCCUUCAGAGACUACAACACACACCUCGUCCCCGUCAUGCUGCGCCGACUGUGGGAGCUGAAGGAUGAAGGUGGAGGCGGAGAGACGGUCAAAGGAGGAGGAGGGGGAGGAGAGAAGGAAGGCAGCAGACGAGGGGACACCGAAGUGAAGGGGGGCGGCGAAGAAGGGGGAGGGGGCGAGGCUGGAGGGGGUCCGGGGGGCUUGGGUGUGCCUGAGCGGCCAUUCGCGCACCUCAACAAGGAGUCCCUCUGCUCGCCGCCCCCCACGCAUGCCACCACUAACGGGGAGGGGGCCGCCCACAGCCCCCCGAGCCCCAAGAAAAUGAAAGCCUCUACCACCACCACCACUACCAACAACAACAAUGCCAACAACAACAACAACAGCACCACCACCACCACCACCACCUCUGCCGUCCCCAACACCCCAACCAAAAACGCCAAUUCGAGCGGAACCUUCAACAUCUUCGGCUCGCCCAAGUCGUCCUCGAGGGGGGGCGGGGGGGUGGGAGACCUGGCGGACCCCCAGCUUCUCCUCAACUCCGACUGCUCCAACUCGUCGUGGGCGGAGAUGGGGAGCUUCAUCGUCGGAACGUAUCAGAUGUUCCCCGUCACCCGAGACACCCAGCAGAUGUUUAUACUCAAGUACCUCAAGCCGAUCGGGGAGUAUCAGGAGUCGCUGGGCCACGUUUACGAGUACCACGCACUCGACCUCAUCUUCCACUACAUGCAAGUCCGCAAGGUGGGCAACGCACGGCUCUCCUUCGAGGGGCUGCGUUUUCUCGGCUCUCUUCUCUUCCACAAAAAGUUCUGCCUCGAGUUCGUCAACAUGGGCGGCAUCCAGGAGCUGCUAAAGGUUCCACGGCCGUCACUACCAGCAGACGGCGUUGCGCUCUGCCUCUGGUAUCUAGCGUACUGCGAGGAGGCGGUGGAGCGUAUAUGCCUACUCCCAGAGCGAACCGUGCGAGAGGUGACCUGUUACGCCUUGUGGCUGCUCGAGUGCGCCCACCACUCCUCCCGCACCCACGCCGUCAUGUUCUUCGGGAUGGUGUUUCGCUUCCGCACACUCCUGGACCACUUCGACAAGCAGGAUGGACUUCGCAAGCUGCUCAACCUGCUAUCCACGCUGUCGCUGUUCCAGGAGGCGUGGGAACCAGACUCGCCGGAGAAUUCUGCGUCGUCGGAAACCAUGGUGUGGCAGACGGUCAAGCAGGUGUGUCUCAGCCUGAAGCAGUACUUUGAAGCGCAUCUUGCUCUCAAAGUACAGCACCUCCAGCGGAUCUCCUCGGCGCACCCCCAGCCCUCCACACCGCCCUAUAAGGCAUUCAAUGUAUCGGAGGAAGUUGUGGAGGUUAAUGUGGAGUACCUGCUGGCCCACCUCCCCGGGCGGUCACACUGGCGGCCGGUGGACAACUUCCUGGCGCUGCGUGGUCUACCGCUCCUCCUGCAGCUGGUGGCCAUGGUUGUCAGUGACUCCCUCGCCCCAAAAACAGAGACGGGAGUGUUGGCGCUGGACAUCCUCUACGUCUGCAGUGUGAUGCCAGCGGUCCAGGCGGCUCUGUGCGAGAAGGUGCCCGUGUCUCUGGCUGAGGAACCCUUGCUGGACUCUGAGGAGUCACCCGGGUACGCUGUGUUGGUCGCCUGUAUCCUCGAGAACGUGCAGUCCACCUCGUGCACGUCACCCGCCAUCCAGAAAGCCGCCCUCCGCACCCUAAUCAACAGCCUAUGUGCCCCCAUACCACGGGGUGGCGGCGGGGCGGGGCUCUCGUCGGGGGCAGGCGGGGUGCUGCACGACACCCCAGGGGGAGGCAGCCCCGUCAAGCGUCCACGUAACACGGGCGAAGAGGAGAUAAAGCGCGCAUGGGACUGUGUGCGCACCAGCAACGGCAUCAUGUACCUACUCAACAUGCUACACAAACGCACGCCAAUCACCGACGCCGACUGCAUUAGGGGCCUUGCGUGCCGCGUGCUGGUGGGGCUCUCGCGAAGCUUUGCCGCGCGACAGAUCAUGAGCAAGCUGCCGAUCUUCACCUCCGGAAAGCUGCAGUUGUUGAUGAAGGAGCCGAUUCUGCAGGACAAGAGGGCAGAGCAUGUUCAGUUCCAGCGGCACGCCCUCGACCUCAUCAAGGCCGUGUCGGGGGGAUGGGAGCACACCGUUGGCGCCGUAGCGGACGUCUCCAUGCAGAGUAUACAUAGGGCUGAUGUUGUGGCCCAGACCAAGAUCCACUACAACAAGAAACAGUUGCUCCAGUUGAUACAGAGUCAUCUAGCAGUGGAAGGGUUCGAGGGGGUGGCCACAGCGCUCCAGCAGGCCGCACACCUCCCACCCCUGCCCCCCCAGCACGUCACCAUGGGGCCUCCGCUACGCUGCCUCUCCAUCGGCCCCUCCACCCCCACCUCCUCCUCAUCUGUGGCCAGUGGUGGGGUUGCGGGUGGGGGAGCGCCAUUGGGAGGGAGUGGGGGCGGGGGCGGAGGUAUGCGGAAUUACCAGAGGACAGGUGGGGGGAAUGCCUCAAGACACCUCUUUAACUCCUCCGGGGGGAAAGGGGGAGCAGCAGGGACCCCCACGAUACCCCAGCCAGCCCCCUGUACCACCGCCCUCCCUGCCACCACCCCCACCACCACCACUGCCUCCACCACCACCCCCACCUCCAUACACAUCAAGAUCAAUAGUGUUUCAGGCAGCAUCAUCCCUCCUGAACCUCUCGACUCCUUGAUCACCAUUCUCUGCCACCCAACACCACCACCAUCACCACCAUCACUACCAACAACAAAACAACCACCACCACCACCACCACCACCACUCAUCACUCCCCCCCACAGAUCAAGAAGGGACAGCACCAGCACCUCCACCCCCACCACGCCGUCGAGCUGCAGCAGUCAGUUUGGAAAGAGCGAGGGGGGGGCGGGGUGGAGCGGCGUGGGGGGGGGUCUGAUUCCCGAGCCCAGCAUCAGUUUGGACACCAUUGUGAGGGAGUACCUGACCAACCAGCACGCCCACUGCAUCAACCCUGUGGUGACCUGCCCGACCUUUGACCUCUUCCAGCCGCACAGAUGCCCCGAGCCCAAGUCCCUCCGUGCACCCUUCACCAACUUCACCAUGCACCACUGUCUGCGGCCCUACGGGAGGGUGCUGUCGGGGGCGGAGGGGGCAUCAGUCACCCGGAAGUUUGUUUACAGCCGCUACAGACACACGCAGACGUACCGCAACCCAGAUUUGGAUGACGUCUUCCUCUGCUGCUCGUAUACGACGGAUGACCAGGUCGUUCUCGUGGGGACCAACAAGGGGAUGGUGCGGCUGUACAGGAAGGGAGGAAGUGAAGAGGGUGCGUAUAGGGUGCACGAGGGGGCUGUCACGCACUUGGCGCCCCAUUCCUCCGGGUCGCUGGUGCUCACAUCAUCCACGAUAAGUCACGAGGCGGCGCUGUGGGGGCUAAACACACUCUUUGAUGAGAAACUGAUCCUGCAAGACUGUACGCACGCCGACUUCAGCAACGCACACGACAAGAUCAUCGGAAACAGCACUCAGACAGCCAGGCUUUACGACCUCAACACCAAGCAGAUCGUUAGCGAGUUUACGCCCAAGCUGUCCAACCACUAUCGUAUCAACAAGGCCGUUCUUGAUCCCACCGACAACCUCCUGCUCACGGAUGGCGCCCUGUUUGACGUCCGGAGUGGGGAGCAGCUCCACAAGUUCGACAAGAUCAGUCCCCUUCUCAGCGGAGUCUUCCACCGAAACGGCCUUGAAAUCAUCAGUUCUUCCGAGAUAUGGGACCUGCGCACCUUCCAUCUCCUGCGCACGGUGCCGGCCCUGAAUGAGUGCGAUGUGCUGUUCAAUAGGGCGGGGGAUGUGCUCUUCGGCGUGCCCCUCCUGGACCUCCUCGCCUACAUGUAUGAGGAUAAUGUGUCAUCAGCGCGUCCCUGGGAAACCACGUCAUUCCGGACACUGGACGCGACGGACUACUCAAGCAUCGCCACGGUCAACGUCAAGCUGAUCCUGGCGUCCCUGUCGGUCAACCAUAGCGACACCCAGUUGGCGGUGGUGGAGUGCGACAGCGACACGGAGAUUCAGGGCGGUGACAUUGUGGACUCGCAGGUCAGGGUGUAUGAGGUGGGGAUGGCCCGGCAGCACGAUGAUGACGAUGAUCUCAUGGACGAGGACGGCGACGACGACUUGGGAGAUGAAGAAGAUGAUUCGGACAGCGACGAUCAAAACUCUCAGGACGAUAUAGAUGUUGACGACAGCGAGUUCUCCUCCAUCUCCUCCAAUCACUCAUUCAUCGCAAGCUCCCUGGACAACGACAGCGAUGACUCCGAGGCUGUGUACUUCCAACUCAGUGCAAACGCAGAGCAGGCCGAGCCCGCGAGUCCACAGCAGGAGGACGAGGAGGAGGAGGAGGAGGAGGAAGAGGAGGAGGAGGAUAAUGAAGGAGCUGAGGAGGCUAUGGAGGAGGAGGAGGAGGACGGAGAUGGUGAUGGUGGUGUAUCGCCAUCUGCGGCUGCUGGUGACGCUGCUGACAGGGAUGCUUGAUGAAAGUAAUAAUGAUGGUGAUGAUGACAGUGAUACCAGUGAAGGAAGGAAGGAAGGAAGGAGAAGAGAAGAAGAACAACUAUAAGAGAAGGAAGGAAGAGAGGACAAGGAAAGGAGAGAAGAGGGAGAGGAAGUAAAGGAAGGAUGAAUGCCAAAGAAGAAAGGAAAAACGAAGAAAACAAAGGAAGGAAAAAGAAGAAAGAGAGAAAGAAGGAAGCAGAAAAUAAAUAAUGGAGACAGAAAAGAAAGGAAGGAAGGAAAUGAAGAAAACGAAGGAAGGAAAACGCGAGAAAGACGAAGAUUAAAAGAAGAAAGAGAAAGAGAAAGAAGGAAGCAGAAAAGAAUGGAGGGAAGGAAGAAAGGAAGGAAAUAAAGAAAAAAACAAAGGAAGGAAAAAGAGAAGAAGAAAGAAAGAAGGAAGCAGAAAAGAAUGGAGGGAAGGAAGAAAGGAAGGAAAUAAAGAAGAAAACAAAGGAAGGAAAAAGAGAAGAAAGAGAGAAAGAAGGAAGCAGGAAAUAAAUUACGCAAACAGAGAAGGAAGGAAGGAAGGAAGGGAAUCAUAACCACACUCACCUCAGUCUACCCCAAACUGACCUAAACAAACAGACAAGCAAAAGAAAACAUCAAUAGACCACCGCCUAUCUACCCUACGUGUUUGUUUCCCAUUGUUUUCUCAUUAUUAUUCAUUAUUAUUAUUACUAUUAUUAUUAUCAAAGAAGGGAAGGAAAGAGAAAG